UAGAUAACACUUUAUGGUAGGGCCAAACACUGGGCAUAAAAUUUCAGUCUCUGAAAAUUGCAUUGUAUUUGCUGCGCUGCUAAGCAGCCAGGGCAGAAGGGAAGCACCAUGGGAAGAAAGACUCUUGUGCUGCUGCUGGGGGUGCUCGGAGCGUACUAUGUAUACACGCCUCUCCCGGACAAUAUCGAGGAGCCGUGGAGACUAGUCUGGCUGAGUGUACAGUUUAGAACUCUACAAAAUUUGGCUCUGUUUGCUGAGCUAUUGGGAAUCAACCAUUUCAUGGAGACUUUAAUGUUCUGCAUGAGUUUUCGAGAAGUCCCACCCACAUCUGAUGAAAAUGUCACUGUGAUGGAGACAACUUUCAGCAAUGUUCCCGUCCGUGUCUAUAUUCCAAACCAAAAGUCACAGGCACUGAGAAGGGGCGUAUUUUAUAUUCACGGUGGCGGUUGGUGUUUAGGGAGUGCUGCUUGGGUUGUCUAUGACUUGCUCUCAAGAGAAACAGUUAAUAGACUUGAUGCUGUUGUCGUUUCAACCAAUUACAGAUUAGCACCUAAAUAUCAUUUUCCCGAUCAAUUUGAAGAUGUAUAUAAUUCACUAAAGUGGUUCUUACACCAGGAUGUUCUUGAAAAAUAUGGUGUAGAUCCUAAAAGAAUUGGAAUUUCUGGAGACAGUGCUGGAGGGAAUUUGGCUGCAGCAGUAACUCAGCAGCUCAUAGAUGACCCAGAUGUCAAGAUCAAACUCAAGACCCAGUCCUUAAUUUAUCCGGCCCUUCAGACUCUUGAUAUGGAUUUACCAUCCUAUAGGGAGAACUCGCUGCUUCCAACUCUGUCCAGAGCACUCAUGGUCAGGUUUUGGAGUGAAUACUUUACCACAGACAGAUCACUUGAAAAAGCCAUGCUCUCCAAUCAACAUGCCCCCGUGGAAUCAAUCCAUCUCUUCAAAUUUGUUAAUUGGAGUUCUCUGCUCCCAGAGACCUUUAAGAAAGGACAUGUUUAUAACAGUCCAACUCAUGGUACUUCUGAGGUGUUUAAAAAGUUCCCAGGGUUUCUAGAUGUGAGGGCAGCUCCCUUGUUGGCUGAUGACAAUAAGUUACAUAGUUUGCCUGUGACCUAUGUCAUCACCUGCCAAUAUGACGUCUUAAGAGAUGAUGGAAUCAUGUAUGUCACUCGACUUCAGAAGGCUGGAAUUAGGGUGACCCAUCAGCACAUUGAGGAUGGAUUCCAUGGAGCAAUUUCCCACCUUAACUUUAAAAUUGGACAUAGAAUCAAAAAUCAUUAUCUGAGUUGGCUAAAUGAAAAUCUAUAGUAAAAACAUAGUUAUCAAACUACAUAAGCCUCAAAAUAAGAAAGAAGUUAGUGAUAAUCAAAAGGUUUUGUUUCCAUUGAUUAUGUUAGUCACCUAUGAACUUUCAAGGGUCCUCAGAGCCAUUGUGGUGUUAUUUUUUGAUAACUUAAUGGAAUCUUUUCUACUCUUUAUUCUAAAUGCUGUUUACUCACUUCUGCACCUUUGAAAAUGUUACUUUCUUAUAUAUUUUUUCUUCCUACUAAAGUGUCUAAGAAUCAUUUGUAUUAACUUGGGUGUCCUAGCACAGUAAUAGGCUUGCUUGCAUUAAGAAAUAAACUUUGUAGUAAUAGACAAAUGGCAUUACAUUGAGGCAAAUGCUUUGAAAAACAGUUUGCACAUAGGUCACAUUACUGCCGAAAAGGAUGUUUCAAGGCUCCAGAUCCACACCAGUGACAGCUCUGGCGUUUCACAAGCCAGACGUGUUUGCUUAAAAUUUUUUCUCAACAGUAAAUAUUUUUAAGCAAUAAAAAAACAAGGUGGUUAACUAAAGCUAUGAUAAAUGAGUGACUGUUUAUUUUUUAAACACUUUAGAAUAAACAAUGUCAUGUUUAUUCUAAACAUGUGUGGAAAUGUAGGAGGAACUCCAGCCUUCAGAACCCUCCCUUCUGCCGUGGAUGGUAAAUAAGCCGUCCCAGACACAAUCUUGCUGCUCCGGUGGGAAGGCGGGUGGCAAUUCCCUCUAGUGGAGAACUCCCUGGGCCUUUCUCCCAAAUGGCUUUUAUUGGGAAUGGUAUGUGUAGGUGUAUGCAGCACACAUGUAUCAAUGUCAAAAAGGCUAUAGUCAUACAAAAACAGGUAUUAUCUGUAGACAACAAUUGAAGGAACACAAGAGAUGUCAUAAGUCAGGGUCUGUUAGUUGAGCUGACACCACAGGCUCUUUACCGUGUAUUUCAUGAGAUAAGGAGUUUAUUCCUCAUGCCUUGAACUUGAACAUCCAGUUUAUAUCACCAGGGCUAUACAAAAAAAAGCAGAGCAAGCUUCAAAGGAUACAAUGUAUUUCUCAGGCCUGGUUCCCAUAGGAACCCUUGGUAUUAGAGUUCAGUCACACCUGCCACCUGCAUUUUUACCUGGUUUUCCAGGGAGACUUGCCAGCCCCUUUCAGGUCUUGCUCUCACUGGGCUACAGUCUCAGAAACCACACAGAGCAGUCCCCAACACGGAAAUAAAAUGAAUAUCAAAAAAACUCUUUUGUUUUGGGAAAACAAGUUUGGACAACUUACAGAUUUCAAGACAAUAUAAAGCUACUGUAAUCAAGAUAGUAUGAUAUUUCAAUGAAGAUACAAAAAUAGAUUAUACAAUAAAGUCCAGGAAGCAACUCAUAUAUAUAUAGAGGCAAUUUUUAUAUGAAGUUGCCAAAGUAAUUUAAUGCCAAAAGUAUAUUUUAAAUGGUGGUUGAACAUUUGAAUAUUCGUAUAAAAAAACUUCUUAACCCUGACCUUUACUUACAUCACUUCACAAUCAAAAAUGAGCUGAAAACCAAUCAUUGAUCUGAAUAUAAAAGCCUAAAUUUUAAAACUUCUAAAAGAAAUUUUUAGAUUGGAUUACAUUUUCCUUUAACUGUCACAUCACGUAAGCUAUUGUACUGUAAAGCCAAGUGUGUGAGUAAUUUCUAGUAUUAUACAAAAAAAAACUAACAGUGUCUUAAGGCUGAUUUAGUAUACAUAAUUUUAUGAAAAUUUGAUAGCAUUGUAAUAUGUGUAUCUGAAUAUUUCAUGAAGAAAGCAGGACACUUGAUGUUUUUGUAAAUCUUAAUUGGAAAUUAUAUUCAGGCAGCUAUUUUCAAUUCGGUCAUUUUUUUCUACUUUGAAAAAAUAAGUUGGGCACAUUUUAACACCUAAAAAUGCAUUCUACCAAUAUGGAGUCAAAUGGAGAUGCAUGAGCUGAGACAGUUCCUGGAGCAGUCACUAAAACAAGACACUAGAAGAGCCUGUAUUGAAAACUUUAUAAGAAGUGACAAUUUCAAUUUUCUAUAGCAGAUUAGAAAACAAAUUUAAAAAAUAAUAAAGUUGAUAGCAUUUAUAGACAUAUUAGCAAAGUCAUAAUUUUCAUAAGUGCUUUUUCAAUGGUUAAAAAAUCAACAUAUUUCUUUACGUGAAAACAAUUAAAUGUUCAAGAAAUUUUUAUAAUUUUUUAAACAUUACCUGAGCUCAUAACUUUGGAUACUAGAAAAUAGUUUAGAUUCUUACAUAAAAAGGCAAAUCAUUUUAGAUGGAGAUGUGAUAAAACUAUAUAUGCACUUAUACAUUAUACAUGGUACAUACAUUUAUUAUAAUUAUGGUGCUUGUAUUUGAAAAUUAUGAAGACUAAAAAUAGCUUUAAAAAGUAUUUUAAUUAAGCCAUCAAAUAAUUAUAUGGAUAGUGCAAAAUAUUUGUGCUAAUCAGUUACAAAUAUCAGUUAACCAAACAUCAGUUAACUAAAAAAUUUUUUAAAUGCAAGCACUUUUAGUUGUAGGUGAUUUUUGCAGUAUAAGAAACAUUGCCCAAUUAAUACUUAAGUAUAUUCUGUCUCAAGAACAAUGACAAAACAAACACUCCUAGUUCACAAAACAAAAAAAAUAGUUGUCAACUUACAACUAAAAAAUUCAAAAAAUGUGAAGUCAAGACAUGGAUAUAUUUGAAUAUUUUACAUCCACCAAAGAAAGAUAUUAACUAGUUAUGAAAAAAAUUAUAAUGACAAAGUGCUCUAGUUAUGCUUGCUAGGUCAAGAUCCCAGAUUUAAUGGAAAUUUAAAACAAAGGAUGUCUCCCUAUGACUUCGUUCCCCUGUGUGAUACACACUGACAGUGUUUGGACAAGCUUUGUAAAGAUGAUUAUGAAAAGUAGUUGGUAGUUGGUGCUUUUGAAUUGUUUAGUAUAUAAGUGGAAAUGUUAUAACUCAUUGCCAAUUUAUGCCUCUAUUGAAAUGAAUAGAAAACAAUGAGUAAUGGGGGAAGAUGGGGACAACUGUAAUUGAACAACAAUAAAAAUCUUUUUAAAAAAGAAUACAAUGGGUUUAAUCAUCUUGUGUUCUUUAAAAAUGCUCAUUGGUGAGUCAUUAAAGAGGUUUACAAAAGACUUAUUAUACUGUGUAAGACUUUCUUGAAAGAAAAGCAAUGUUUGCUAAAUGUACAAUUAUGACAGGUAAAGAAUAGCAGUAUGACUUAUUUUCUCAUAUGAAUGAGCUAAUACUAAAGGUCCAAAUAAAGCUUAUCCUGCAAACUUAGCUAGACAGAUGCAGAAUUUUGUAUUGAAAUUUACUCUUUUUUUAAUAAGUAUCAGUGAUAAUAAUUUUCACACAUUGAUUCAAUAUACAGAAGAUGUUAAUGUACAAUUAAUUGACAGAAUUACAUAAAUUGGCUUCAAAAAGAAAUAGUGAACAUGCAGAAGAUAUUGAUAUAAAGAUACUUUACAAUGUAGUCACAACUCUUAAUUUAUUGUUAAUUGUGUUGACACAAGUGGUUUUGAAUUUAUUUACAUUGGGCAGAUACUAUUUUAAAACAGUUAUAUUUUUGCUUUAAAGUCAAAUCAAUCAUUUUUUACAAGGUAAGGCAAUUUGUCAAUAUGGGUGGAUGUGAAUAUUAAGGGAAAUGAUUUUUUGAUGGUUGAUUCAGUUAUUGGAAAAUUUUUCAGUUUGCUUAUAAAACUUUGGGUAUGUGCUUCCAGAGUUUCAAUCACAAUUUCAUAA